UUCGGCUGCAGUGGCGGUGCAGAAAGUGUAAUGGCGGAAUCGUUGUGAUUCCGUUUCAGUGACUGACCGUUGCCUGUGAGAAAAGGAACAAGCGCCGGCUUCACUUUUCUUCUACCCUCUUUUUUUCCUCCCCCCUCCAUGGCGGCGUUGGGAACCGAGCUGAUCGGAAAACGGUUGCUCUGCCUCUUCGGGGACUCGGCUUGUGGGGCCGCUCGGCCCGGCCAGCAACCGUCCGCCUCUCUCCGGGAGCGAGACUGGCACGCUGGCCUCAUCCGGGCCGUCAUCCUGGCACCCUCACUGACGGUGUAUAUUGAAUUUGAUGAUUCACGGUGGAAAAAGCAAGCCUGGGUAAAAGUUUACGCUGAAGACGUCCUUGUUUUCCUUGUAGAACAUACUCUGGUGUGGGCCCCGCGGAAAGAUUCAGUAUUCUUACCAGGAGGAAGGGUGAAUGCUAGCCAAUGGCCUGCUUUGACUUAUAAAGCACUGGUAGAUAAAAUUGGGUUGGGCUCCAUCGUUCCAGUUGAGUUCUUUGGUGACAGGGUCACGAAUUUUUCUGCUGAUGGUGCUGCUCUUCGACUAUUUAAAGAGGAAUCUGACAGCUUGAAUCCCAUUGUCCAGGAUAAUCAAAAACUUCAGGAAUCAAUGAAAUCUUGGAUCAGAGAAAAGAAAAUUCAAGAGAUACUCAGAGGUCCGUACAGUUUGCAGGGGAACAGAGUGAAGAUCUACCAACCAGAUUGUUCUGAAGAAUGGAUCUUUGCAGUUGUUGCACAUCAUGACCCUGCUACGCGCACCAUGAUGGUUACCACAGAACAGGAACAGCAGACGAAAAAUGUUGACCCUUUGCGGAUUUAUAUAACACUUGUGGAUGAAGCGCUUCAAUUACUUAAAGGAGAAGUUGGGAUCCUGUCUAAAAGCAUAGAGCCAAAUGAAAGCAGUGCAGCAAUGGUUUCUCAAAAACAUGUAUCUCAAAACUCCAGAAGCAGACGCAAGAAGGGAGCUGAGACCAGUCCACCUUACAGUCCAACUAAAGAAGCUGAUGACAAGGAUAAAAGUAAAGAUAGUCGUAGAAGAAAGAAUGCCUUUGAUGGAGAGAAUGAACCUGUGCAAAAAAAAGUGAAGGAUGCAGAAGAAUUGGAGCCUGACAGCAGCAGUAUGUGCAUGGUGGCUGCCGGAGGCAAUAGUCACAAUCUGCCAAAGAGUGAGAAUCCUGAUGUGGAGCAAGGAAGCUAUGACUCCAAGAGAAUUGGGGAUUUAGCCUGGGGAAAUGCUGACAGUGCUUCAGAUCGAUCCCGCUUUGUACCUCAGUCACAAGCAGGCUUACGCUAUGCCACCUAUACCAAAGAGAAUGGUAGGACCUUAGUUGUCCAGGAUGAACCAAUACAUGGAAAACCUUUCGUGCCAAUUGGUGCUGCUGCCCCUAGGCCAAGUGGAGUGUCAUUUUCCAAUACAGAACCUCUGAACCCUCAGAGCAAGAAGGGUUUAGCAACUUCUGAUUCAGGCAGAACCUCUGAAGUACCAGUCUUGGAGCCUUCCAACCUUGUCCAAGAUUCUGCAAAUGCAAACAUGCAAGUUUAUUUAGAGACUGCUGUAUCCGGGAUAAAAGAAAACUUUGCUGUUAAUUCAGUAUCCAAACAGAAGCUGCAGAAUACAUCACCUGAGUCCCAGAUUGAAAGUCCUCAAUCUGCUUUGGUGAUUCCAAACACCUUCCAAGCCCCACAGGAUCACAUGCACUCCACUUUGCGAGUUUUUGAAUCACAUCAGUCUCUUACAAACCGCAGUGAGACACACAACUUUGAUGGAAGUAAAAAUCUACCAAUAUCCAGCUCACCACUUCCUGGAUCAGAAAAAUCUUUGGGAAAUUCUUCAACAUUGGAGCCCUCAAAGGACCCAUCAUUAGCAACAGUACAGCAGGCAUGUGGGACUGCUAAAGGGGAACCACUGAAGAAAUGGUUUGCAGAUCCUUGCCAAACACUAAAUGAGGGAGCUUUAACUGAAGAUGGUGCAUUUCAAAUAUCAGUUAAGAAUCAAGCAGUUACGGAAGAGCCAAAGAGAAAUGGUAAUGAGGGAACAAAUGGAACGUUUGACCAAGAAAGCAAACCCUUUGGAUUUGGGUUUGGCAGGAAUGUGACUGACGAAUCUGAGAAUAAAGCUUGCAACAAAAUCUCCAUAGACUCGGGCAGUUUGUCAAACAACUUGUUUUUCCAGUGCAUGCCUCAGAAUGUUCCACAGAGCAACUACUUCACUGAAAUUUCUGAAAGUUUGUCCAAUGACCCUCUCAGCUUCAAUUCCUUUCAAAUGGCUUCCAGUGCCACUGGCCAGAAAAGUGGUACGACGCAGGCAGUUGGAACUUCUGUUGGGUUGCAUGCAGGAAGUAAACAUGGACAAGAUGCUGAGAGAAAGAACCCUCUAGGGACUACUGAAGCCAUGCCAACUCUAACUCCAGCUUUUCCAAGGAGUGCUUCUAGCCUUCAGUUUCUCCAGUCUGUUCAGCCACCAGAUCUUCUGAAGGAGGAAAUGCCUACCAUUCCAGCAGGGAAUCCAUUCCUUGGGUUUGCAGAUCUAAAGGGAAGCGGAGAUAAUUUGCCCACAAACAGGUCACAAUCGAGUUUGUUCAGAAGUGACUUAAUGAGGUCUGCGGCUUCUGCUCCUGCAUCAGUUAUUGUGAAACCCCCGUUGUUGAUUAACUGGAAGAAGUCUGAGAAGGUGGUAUCAGAUGUAGGCGGUAACAAAACUGAGCUCCCAAAGACAUUUUCACCUCCAUUUUCCUCUCCAACUCAAAAGGCAGCUAUUUUGGGUACUACUAGACCAGACUCCCCAGAAACCCCAUUUGCUGCAACCAAUAUUGAGAUGCCAACCUUAUCCACUAGCCCAACUGGGGAUCAAAGUGCAGGAAACCUUGCAAUCCCAAUUUCUGGUUCCAUAACUCAAGACAAUCCACGUCUACAAACUUUUUCAGACACAACCCAUUCUGGCAAGCAGCAACAGUCUCUAUUUGCCAUCAGUCUAUCUGAUAAUGGCCUUGAUGGUUCAUCCAGUCAGCAAUCCCAAUUUGAUCAUAGGAGAUUUUCUUUAGAUGAAAGAAGCUUGGGUAUGAAACAGGAUUCAGAUUCAGCUUCCGACAGCGAUUUAUCAGACCUCAGUGAUUCUGAGGUGCACAUGCGAUUGCAAUCAAAGACUGGCUUAAAAGGAUAUCUGUCUUUCUUGCACGAAACAAGAGAGCCGAACGGUGAAGGGAAUAAAGAGCAAAUAACGAAGGGCCGGGGGCGUGGGAGAGGACGGCCUCGGGGAAGACCUCCAAAAAUUUCUGUUGAUCAGUCGGUUUUGAAGGAUGUAUGUAAGGUGAGAAAGCUGAAACAGUCUGGAGAAUCCUUCUUGCAAGAUGGAUCUUGUAUCAAUGUUGCGCCACACCUGCACAAAUGCCGAGAAUGCCGCUUAGUGCGUUACCGAAAGUUUAAAGAUCAUGAUGAAUCGACUGUUUCCUGCCGCUUCUUCCACUUCAGAAAACUAGCAUUUACAAGGACUGGUGUCCUUCGUGUGGGAGGAUUUCUAAAUCCCAGACAGUGUGAUGCUGAAGCCCUGAGCCUUUGGAUCCCAUCACGUACACCUGCUGAAGGCCUUGAUUUGGAAACAUCCAAGUACAUUUUGGCAAAUGUUGGUGACCAAUUUUGUCAACUGGUGAUGUCUGAGAAGGAGGCUAUGCUUCUAGUAGAACCACACCAACAACUGGCAUGGAAGAGAGCUGUACGUGGUAUUCGUGAGAUGUGUGAUGCAUGUGAAACAACUCUCUUUAAUAUCCACUGGGUCUGUCGUAAAUGUGGUUUUGGUGUGUGCCUUGAUUGCUACAGGAUGAGGAAGGGCCGACCACCACAAGUGGAUGAUGACAGUAUUGAAGAUGAGGUUUUCUCCUGGUUGAAAUGUGCUAAGGGGCAGACCCAUGAGCCAGAGAAUCUAAUGCCAACACAAAUUAUUCCCAGCACUGCUCUUUAUGAUAUUGGAGACAUGGUUCAUGCAACAAGGGGAAAGUGGGGUAUCAAAGCAAACUGCCCAUGUAUUACCAAACAGCUCAAGCCUCUGCCCAAGCCAGCAGCACCAAAUGGAGUGUCACAGCUUUCAAGCAGUCUUCCAAAUCCUGCCAGUGCAGUUGCUACGAAUGAAGUGUCAGCAAGCAGUGGAGGCUCCAUUAUGUUACCUCAACCUGAUGGCAGUUUAGUGGAAGUGAAACCAGACCCAACAGAUAGCAGCAGUGGUGAGGUUGGUGCAGACACUACCAUGAACCAGGGCGAGAGCAGUAGUAAUAAUGUGAGCUUUGUAGGUGACAACGAAGGGCUCUCCACCACAGCCAGUUUGAAGGAUGGCACACUGAGUUCAGCAGACACUACAUCAGCAUUACACUGGUUGGCUGACCUAGCCACACAGAAAGCAAAGGAGGAAAAGAAAGAAAGCAGCAGUUCUUUGCGCUCUGUGUUGAAUCAAAGCCAAGAUUCCAGGCCUCCCUUAGCACUGGACUCAUUCAAUGCUUUGUCCAAGCCUCCCUCCAUUUUAGAACCGUUCAGUAGCCUUUUGUCUGGAGGCCCCUCGACUACCAAGACAGAAGGCUCAAGCCUUAGGGAUCUGUUAAAUUCUGCCCCAGGGAAAUUACAGCGAGGAGCUGUUGAGACUAGCCUUCCGUUUCCUUCAGUCUUCACAUCUGUUUCAGCGACUGAUAAGGGGAAGGGAGGCCUACCAAACUUUUUGGAUCACAUAAUUGCAUCAGUAGUAGAGAAUAAAAUGUCUACAGACACGUCAAAGCGAAGUGGGAAUCCCACAGAAGCACUGAAGGAGACCAAGAAGCAAGGUGUAAUGGAAAUGAGUGUUCUGGACCCAAACACGCAACACUGCUGGCUCUGUGAUGGUCGUCUGCUCUGCCUCCAAGACCCCAGCAACAAAAAUAACUGGAAAAUCUUCAGGGAGUGCUGGAAGCAGGGACAGCCGGUGUUGGUGUCUGGUGUCCAUAAGAAGCUGAAUUCAGCCCUCUGGAAACCUGAAGCUUUCAGCCGGGAGUUUGGGGACCAAGAGGUUGAUCUGGUCAACUGUAGGAAUUGUGCCAUCAUCUCUGAUGUGAAAGUUCGGGACUUUUGGGAUGGUUUUGAGGUCAUUGCAAAACGCUUGAAGUCUGAAGGAGGGCAACCAAUGGUUUUGAAGCUCAAAGACUGGCCUCCAGGUGAAGACUUUAGGGAUAUGAUGCCAACCAGGUUUGAUGAUUUGAUGAACAACCUCCCUCUACCUGAAUACACAAAGAGAGAUGGAAGGUUAAACCUGGCUUCAAGGCUCCCAAACUAUUUUGUGCGGCCUGAUCUAGGACCAAAGAUGUACAAUGCCUAUGGGUUGAUAACAGCAGAAGAUCGAAAAGUUGGAACAACAAACCUCCAUCUGGAUGUGUCUGAUGCGGUUAACGUGAUGGUUUAUGUUGGUAUACCAUUAGGAGAGAACAACCAUGAAGAAGAUACAGACAACAGUGGAGUAACAGAGGUAAUGAAGACAAUCGAGGAAGGUGAUGUAGAUGAGGUGACGAAAAAAAGAAUUCACAAAAGCAAAGAGAAGGCCGGUGCACUCUGGCACAUUUAUGCAGCAAAAGACGCUGAGAAGAUCAGAGAGCUGCUCAGAAAGGUGUCUGAAGAACAAGGUCAAGAUAACCCACCAGAUCAUGAUCCGAUUCAUGACCAGAGCUGGUACCUAGAUCAGGUUCUGCGGAAACGACUGUAUGAGGAGUAUGGAGUGCAAGGCUGGGCCAUUGUACAAUUCUUGGGGGAUGCUGUCUUCAUCCCAGCAGGAGCACCUCACCAAGUACACAAUCUGUACAGCUGUAUCAAAGUAGCCGAAGACUUUGUCUCUCCAGAACAUGUCAAACACUGCUUCCGUCUUACUCAGGAAUUCAGGCACCUCUCAAACACUCACACCAACCAUGAAGAUAAAUUGCAGGUGAAGAACAUUAUUUACCACGCUGUCAAAGAUGCAGUUGGGACACUGAAGGCUGAAGAACCUAGAUUGGCCAAGUCAUAGAGGCGCCUGCAAUGGAAAGCAGACUCAGAGGAACUGUUCUGUAACAUACGCUCAUUAAGAAAUACAUGAGAUUAAAAAAGGAGAGGUUGUUUUGGGUGAAGAUAAGAUGUUCAAUAAAAGUCCAGCACCACAGUAUCACAGUGGAAUAUAGUAUCAGUUUUGCUGUGUUCUGCAGCAAGCUGUAGGAACAGAGGAUUUGGGAGAGUGUCACAUUGUAGUUAGUUUCGCACUGAGUUAGUGAUUAUAUUUAAAAUAAAAUUGAAGUCCUUUUCCCCUUAAUUUUUCCAUAUUCAUACAACGUGCUGGGGUAAUGAGAAAGGAUCUUGUAGACGUAGUAAAGCCCACAAUUGUAACAUACUCGUUCCCAGAGUGAGGAGCAGGUUCGAAAGGACAGCAAGUCUUCUUGUUGGCUCACAGUGACUAUGAUCCACUGAUCCCUGAUUUUAUUUAAGUAUAAUUUUUCUUAAAGACCUUUACAACAUUCCAGAUACUCAGAGGUUCUGAACUGUAUCUCUAUGGUACCUGGCUACCAAUAGAGUUACAAACAGACCUUACUGGAAUCAUAAACUAACUGCUGAAUCAGGUCAAGAGAUAUGAGUUAACAUGUUACAGUUUAUUGUUUGGAAUGAUCACUGGAUCAUUCUCUUUCCAUCCCCUCCAGGCCCCAAUCACAAAUCAAGGUGGCAGAGGGAAUUGGAUUUCUGGUUAGGUCUGUGGAUAUUAAGGUUUCAGAAAUAUGAAACUGUUUAAAAAUAAUUUUGUUUCUGUUUCAUUUUCCAAGUUGAACUUUUGUGUCCCAACUUCAUAUAUUUAAAAAGAACAGAAGUUAUUUUGCUAUACAAAGGAGCAAUCUCUUUUAAACAAAAUCUUCUGACCUGUUUGCUGCAGUCUGCUGCCUUCAGCUGGAAAUUAUAAAUGUCACAUUUUUCUCUCAAUUUUUGUGAAGCGCGCUCCUAUUGCUUCUGGCUGCUGGAUUGAUGCAUCAAGCAGACUAGAGAAUUUGACCCUGUAGAUACAGGGAAAUGGUAUGAUUUCCUUGCUCGGGUAUUGAAAUUUAAUUUAGGGUUGUCCAGAGAAAUACCAGUUUAACAGUCGGACACUACAUUAUAAACCAGGCAAUAAGAAAGGAAUUGGGUGUCAUCAAUGCCAAGCCUUGCCACACUUGAGCCUUGAGUGAAAAAGCAACAUCUCAAUACUAAGCUGGAGUCAACUGUGCUAUAGAAGUAAUCUCUUUGGACUGAAUUUUAUCUAUUGGUAGAAGUAUUGAGGAAAUUCUGAUUUUCUGAAAACAUUUUGGAACACACACACACACACACACACACACACACCACCCCCCCCCCACCCCCCAAACACCGUAUUUCAUUUCAGUCCUCAAGUCUUUCAUUGUUUAAUAUCAGAACCAUGAAGUAAGUAGAAUCACAGGGAAGUCUGAAGAUGAAUUUUGAAUCUUAGUGAACAAAACUUGGCAGUAAAAUUUUAAGUUUUAUUUCUAGUCAUUGCAUCUGAGCUUCACAGCAGAUCUGAUGCUGAUCCAUGAAGACUUAAGAUCAUAAUGUUCAAAGAUUGGGUGGCUUAAAGUGAUCAGGAUUCUCUUUUAUCCAUACCUUUCAGAGAACUGAGGAAAGCUAUAUGGAUGUGAAGUCCAAAAAAUACUUAAGUAUGUUGACCUGAUGAUUCCUGUUUAACUGAUAGUCAUGAAGUGUUUAGGGUUUCUAUAAGUAGUCUUAAAAUAUUCUCCCAUUUGUAAACAGUUUUUUCAAGGAGACUUUUAAGAACAUGAGGCAUUUAUUGGCAUUUCCCAGGACUGUUAUGAUGGUAUUCACCUGUAUGGAGUUAUUUUUAUCUCUCACACUGCUGACAAUCCUUUUACCAGGCAUAAAGUUCUAUUUUUUGUGAAUGAACAGUUAGAUCACAGGAUUAUAAAUUCUUAAACAAGGAUUGUGAUACUUGCUGUGGUUCAGGAGUGUGAAUAAGUGGUUUUAUACUGGGGAGUUAAUAGUUUUGUUUUAAUGUUGAUAGUUUCCAUGUUGCAUUGUCAGUGAAGAAAAGCAUCUGACCCAGGGGCAUGUUGGAUAGAAUGGCAGAAGCAACUUUGGCCUGAUUGGAGCAAAUUUGUAGAGCCAGGGUGCAGGAAGGUGGUUGACCCUCACGAGGAAAGGUGGGUGUUUCAAAUAUAUAAAUCAAAUCACCUGAACAAUCCACAUAUAUUGGAUGAAAUGAGAUUAUUCCAAGAUUUUCAUAACGUCGCCAAGCAUAGUUUAAAAUUGUUUACCAAUACCCAUUGCUGUUUGGAGAAUUCCCUUAUAUGUUUUGGGGGUGGGGUGGGGGGGUGGGGGACACCUAAAUAUUUUGAGUCCAGUCUUGUAGCCCUACUGUCCUAGUUUUCAGUUUUUGGCUUACUGUAUUUCUGUGUAUGAUGGGACUCCAAUCAGAACUACUUCCACAUGGCAAUUGUUCUUCAUUUCCACACAGGGAUCUUGAACCUGAUGGUAGGGCAAGUUGGCAGGAUGUUGUAGGGACAUAACUUUCACUUUUGUUCAACCACCUGUAAAUUUCAUUUAAAAAUAGCUUUCUUAAAUUGCUGGAAGUGAUGCCUUUGCCUUGGCUUUUACACUGUUAAUGGAUAAGACCGUUCCCAGGAGCAGGGAGGCUCAACAGUGUAGCAAAUUUUGCAUUAUUUACAACAGUGCUUGAGAAGAAAGUAAGGACUGGUAAACCUUUAGUUGAAAUAAUGCAUACACCACAAAAGUUUUAUUGGCCUGUUGCACCUUCCAGUGUAUUUCAUUCAUAUUUUUUGGCCAUUUAUAUAUACUUUUGAUACUGAUUUGUGCAGAGGUGCAUUUUGCCACAGCCCCCGCAAUUCUUAAAAAAAAAAUUUAACUUUGGAUCUUAAAACAAAAUGCGGACAUUACCCUCGAUGAUGACGGCUUUAAGCAUAUAGUAGACUUCCAGCGUUGGCAUUCAGGCAGAUUUGGCAGUACCCACCUGUUUUUUUCCAAACAGACUGCUUCCAAGAUUCAGUAUUUAAAACCAAAACUGUCUCUAGGAGUAUGUUUUUGUUUUUUUUUUUCGUUUGGGCAGGUACCAUGGUACCAUUCGUAAAUCUGAUGUUUUUGUUGAUAUGUAUGCUGUUGUGACUUUUUAAUAAAAGGAUAAAAUGAAGAAAAAAAUACUGUCACAUAAUGUAGAAUACUUUGUCUUCAUUUACUGCAAGCAUUUUGUGAAGGGCUGAUUUAGGUUUCAAUAUUCUUAUUAAAAUUUAAAGAAAUAA